UCGACUUGCACUCAGCAACAUCACUGUAACCACAACACCCAACCACCUCCCACUCCACAUCCUCCACUUUCCCUCCACCAUGAGAAUGCUUUCCUCCCAAAGCCUCAACGACAUCGACACCCUCCAGGCUGACUUCGAUACCCUCCUCCUCGAGGACGACCUCAGCGACCUCAGCUCCGACGAGAGCCUCGCGUCGCCGCUCUCUCCCGUGUCAUCCAGUCGGCGGAGCAAGGAGCUCGACCUUGCGGAGACCGAGGAGGAGCGACGGGGCCAUGUGCUAGGGAGCAUGCCAAGCAAGCGGAAGCAGCUUGAGGCGUUGGAGCACUGUAUCAGGCUUCUGAGCUCGUCGGAGAGGCCAGUGAUCAUCAGCGCGACGGGGGCGCGGAUGCAGUUAUGAUACAGGGACAAGACAGAAAGGCCAUGCAUGCAUGUAAAAUAGAGCAAUUGCACACACGCGCUGUAAAUAAAGUCUGAACUUUCGUA